AUGAUGGAGACAUUCAUUGUCCUUGGGCUAUGUUUCAUACUAUACGAAGCACUGGAUUUCUUUCAAGGAUGUCUACAUAGUACAUCACCAAAUUCAACCGAUCAAAUUGAAGCCUAUCGCCGCCAAUUGGACGAGCAGCGACAGCAACAGCAGCAAGAGCAGUUUAUCGCCAAUUUAACGCCGCUCUUGGGCGCCCAAUUGCUAGCCGCCACCUCUAGCAUUUCGCUCUCGCCCAGCGAGUCCACAGCGAGCAUCAUAAGCGAACAAUUACGCGCCCAACAGCAACGUGAACAACUCGAACAACUACAAAGUAGCAGCGUACACAGCGAACGCAGCAAUACCGAUAAUUCGGCGAGCACACCGGCGCUCCACAGCAGCGGUUUGGGUAGCACUUUUGGUUCAGCGGCUGGUAGUGAUAGUUUGAGUGCGGCCAGUGCAAGUGUUGGUAGUGUGGGCAGUAGUAGCGGUGCUGCCUUUCGGCCGGCCUAUCGUAGCGUCUACGAAUCACAAGAGUUGUACGCUACCUCAUCACUGCCACGCGACUACUAUUUCUUGCAACAGCAGCAACAAAAGAACAAACAUUCGGCACGUUCGCUGUUCUCGAAGUUUGGUGCUUCCAAUUCGGAUAAUCGCAUCUUUCCCGAAACUUCGUCGGUGUUGGGUGUGCCUGCGGGCGUGAUUACCCAACAACCAGUCGCUAGUGUCAACCACCACUUUGACUGCUUGCCGCCAGCGUCGGUGCCUGCCUCAGCGCUUGCGUUGGACUUGAAACGCGCCAUACUGAGUAACAAUAGCUGUAAUAGUAAAAAUAAGAAUAGUAAUACAACGAACAACGAAAGGAAACGCCUAGCAGCGAGUGCGGUGGAAAGUGUGCAAGUGCAUGGUUUGGCGGUAAUAGCCAGCCCAUCACGUGAUCCGCCCAAUCACACAAACUCGAUCGAGCGCGAGAAUCAACGUAAUCGCAACGCCGCAAACACUGCCGUGACCGUGACGACGCGUGCGCACGACUGUGACGCUAGUUUGUCGGAUUGUGAAUCGGAUACGAGUGGAGAUUCGUCAGACUCGUCGGCAUCGGCAUCCGCCUCGGCCGGUUCCGCGUCACUAGCCUCGUGCGGAGAGGAUAGUGAUCCCGGUCUGGGCGAGGAACGUGAAUUCGGUUUGUCAAAUUCGUGUUCGUCGUCGCAUGCGGACUUUCGCGAAAUCGAAUGUGAGCGCUUGAGACGCAAGUGCGUGAGUGUGAAACGCAUCUACAGCAUAUCGGAGAAGUUUUGA